UCGGAGCGCACGUCUCUCCUGCAGCGAACACGCGAACAGCAAAAGUGAAGUGAAGAUGCUUCUUACCUUUCGAUUAACAGUUCAACUCGUGAGCCAUUCACUUCUUCUUCUUCUUCCUUUUAUUCUUCUACCAGAGCGCCAAACUCUCCCCUUUCCUGGCUUACAGGAGGAACUUGCGCAGCCGGGCUCGUCCAGCUCGGAGGAAGCGAGAGGAGGCACCAGAGAUCCGGAGCAUUGCCCCCCCUAUAGCGUAUCGGUGGAGAGCUACGCGUCGUUAUGGGUGCGCUGACAAAAGGACGUUACCUCUCCACGACGGGCCUCCUGCUCCUUGUAUAUUACACAGUCUCAGUGAUCUCCAAAGGUGCCACCGGUGAUGCUCAGCCUGAUGCACUUCCCUCAGUGCAGGGCACCUUGCCACACUUCAUCCAGGAGCCAGAGGAUGCCUACAUCGUCAAGAGCAACCCCAUUAAGCUGCACUGUCGAGCUGCACCCGCCUUACAGAUAUUCUUCAAAUGCAACGGGGAAUGGGUGCACCAGAAUGAGCACUUUUCCCAGGAGUAUAAGGACCUCAACACUGGGCUGAAGGUGCGUGAGGUGACGAUCAAUGUGUCCCGUCAGCAGGUGGAGGAUUUCCACGGCCCUGAGGACUACUGGUGUCUCUGUGUGGCCUGGAGCCACCUGGGCACCUCCAAGAGUCGCAAGGCUACUGUCCGCAUCGCCUACCUGAGGAAAAACUUUGAGCAGGACCCCCAGGGGAAGGAGGUGCCAAUCAACGGGAUGAUCGUUCUGCACUGUCGCCCUCCUGAGGGAGUGCCUGUGGCGGAGGUGGAAUGGCUAAAAAAUGAAGAGCUGCUGAGCUCCCUGACCGAUGACAACAUUGACACCCGUGCAGACCACAACCUCAUCAUCAACGAGGCGCGACUGUCUGACUCGGGCAACUACACCUGUCUGGCCAGCAACAUCGUCGCUAAGAGACGCAGUGCCACAGCCACUGUAAUAGUCUUUGUGAACGGGGGCUGGUCCCUGUGGACAGAGUGGUCGCCCUGUAAUGUGCCAUGUGGACGGGGUGUCCAGAAGCGAUCUCGAACAUGUACUAACCCAGCGCCUCUCAACGGUGGUGCUUUCUGCGAGGGCAUGUCUGUACAGAAGAUCACCUGCAACGCACUCUGCCCAAUUGAUGGAAGCUGGGAUGAGUGGAGCGAAUGGACCCUAUGCAGCAGCCAGUGCGAGAAGCAGCGGAGUAGGGAAUGCAACUCCCCAGCACCCAGACACCGCGGGAAGAUGUGCGAAGGAAACAGCGAGGCCACUGAGAACUGCACAGAUGGACUGUGUACCCUGAAUCGAAAGCUGCUACAUGAUGUUAAGCCUCAAAGUAUGGACAGCUCGAAUGAUGUAGCCCUGUACUCUGGCCUGGGAGCCGGCAUCAUUGCCGUGGUAAUCCUCGUAAUAGCCAUCAUGCUGUACAGGAAGAACCACAGCGAGUACGGUGAGGAUGUCAUUGACUCCUCUGCGCUCACUGGGGGUUUCCAGUCUUUCAACUUCAAGACCACCAGACAAGGCAACCCCCUACUUCUCAACUCCUCGAUGCAGCCUGACUUAACAGUUGGACGGACAUACAGCACGCCCCUCUGCUUCCAGGACAGCACAGACAAAGAUCUAUUUGACCCCCUGCCAGACAUCAAGGUCAAAGUUCAGAGCUCCUUUAUGGUUUCACUAGGUGUGGCCGAGCGGGCAGAGUUCCACGCCAAAGCCUCCGCCGAGACCUUCCCGCGGGAUCUGAGCCGGGACUACAGCAUUACCGUGGAUAGAUGCAAGCAGGGCCUGCUCACCCUCAAUGGGCCCUUCAGCACUGGAAAAGAGCAGCUGAGGACCAAUGGCGUGUUCGGCCACCCCGGAGGACGCCUGGUGGUGCCAAACACCGGGGUCAGCCUGCUGGUGCCUCAUGGAGCCGUGGCUGAAAAUAUGUCCUGGGAGAUGUACAUGGUGAUCAAUCAGGGAGAGGCAAGUGUCCAAACACUGGAAGGAAGUGAAAUCCUCCUGGGCCCAGAGGUGAUGUAUGCUCCUCCGGGCCUGGACCUCUCCUGCCCAGUGGCCAUGACCAUCGCUCACUGCGCCGAGGUGGACACCGAGAACUGGAACAUCCAGCUCAAGAGGAAAACACAGGACAGCAAAUGGGAGGAAGUGAUGUCAGUGGAGGAGGAGUCCACUUCCUGUUACUGUCUGAUGGACUCAACAAGCUGCCAUCUGCUUCUGGACCAGCCGGGCUCGUACGCCCUGGUGGGCGAGCCCCUUACGCAGGCUGCCGUCAAGAGACUGAAGCUGGCUGUGUUUGGGGGCAUGGAGGCCGGCUCCAUGAGCUACAGCCUGCGGGUGUACUGUGUGGAUGACACACCACACGCCUUUCAGGGAGUGGUGGCUGCAGAGAAGACCAGAGGUGGUCAGCUCCUCGAGGAGCCAAAGAUGUUGCCUUUCCAAGCGAACACCUUCAGCCUCCAGGUGUCCAUCCAAGAUGUUCCCCAGUUCCUGUGGAGCAUCAAACCCUUUACCACAUGUCAGGAGUUUUCCUUCCCCCAAGUGUGGUGCAGCAACCAGCAGCCCCUGCACUGUGCCUUCUCUCUGGAGAGAUACAGCCCUGCCACCACCCAGCUCUCCUGCAAAAUCAGCGUGCGCCAGGUCAAAGGCCAAGAGCAGAUUCUGCAGGUCUACACAGCUGUGGCCGAGACUGAAAAGGAGUCAGUUCCAUUUUUUAUGCAGACAGACUGCACCAUCACGUCCCAGACGGGGCCCAAGGCCUUUAAAAUCCCUGUGUCCAUCCGCCAGAGGAUCUGUGCCACCUUUGACACUGCCAACGCCAAGGGCAAGGACUGGCAACUCUUAGCCCAGAAGCUCCACUUAGAUCGAAACCUGGGUUAUUUUGCAAAGCAGCGGAGUCCGUCGGCAGUCAUACUGAGCCUGUGGGAGGCUCGCCACCAGGACACUGCUGACCUUGACUCUCUAGCCAGCGCCCUCGAGGAGAUUGGCAAGAUCCACUCCAAAAGCUCCCCCAAGGACCAGGAUGAGCCGGAGUCUGACUUCAAUCACAUACAAGCGGGCAGUGUGUGUGGAACGGGCAAAGUAACAAAUCAGACAACAGAGGACUCCUGACUAUACAGGCUAAAAGAAAAGAGUCAGUGAAAACUGACAAACUAAGGCAUAUAUCUGUGUGUGCACACACAGCCAGUGACGGACAACACACACUGUGGCAGUGUGCUGGAAGGUCAUGAGGUUGUGAGUAGACAGUGCGAGCAGGCAACAUGCUGACCAGUUUCAACAGAUGGAGGUGAGCCGGUACCUGCUGUGGAGCCACCCCUCUCUUUUAAGAAUCUGUCUGAGGAUGGACUAUAAAUCGUUUUCUGCCUCUCCACUCACAUCACAUCUUAAGUUCAUUUUUAACGUCUUUGUUGUUUUAAGUUAAAAUAUGUCCCUCUGUGUAUGUUCAUUUUACAGCUCAGAGGGUGAGUGGGGUAUUUCCUCUUGUGCACAUUAUUUUCUGAAUUUGUGUUAAAAGAGAUGGGAGCUCCUUUUUUUCCAUACUGUCUCCCCUUCUUUUUCCCAGUGGUCCACACGGCAGCUGGACGUAUUUGCAUAGAAGUUAUUCUAUGCAAAUAGGGUGAUACAACUGUGGUGACAUUUUAGAGACACCUCAUCUAAUUUCAUCUAAUUUUUCCGCCACACCACAUCCUAGUGUCAAUGAAUAAGGACUUAGAAGCUACUUUUUUGACGUUCAAUAUUAUAUUUUUCAAAGAAGGCUUAAAUGUUGUGAUUGUGAACUUUCAAAGCCAAGUAUCUUGAAAUUCUCCCAUUUUCAUCUCUUAAUAUAUAUAUAAAAAAAAAAAAAAGUCUAUAGGAAGUUUAGCACCAGUAUUGUAUCAUUUAUACAAAAGUUGCAAAGAAACUCCCGCACACUGUCUAACUUGCAAAACUUAAUUUUAUAGCUGGCAGCGUUUCGGUACUAGACCUUCCUCAGGCAACAUUUUUUUUUUGUUCUUUGCCGGUCAGAGUGUAACUUCUUACGUGUUAUACGGAAAAAAGAAAACAUGGUUGUGGUGUAAUGUGGCAGAGUGAGAUUUGAAACCGUUGCACAGGAAGCUGUAAAACAUAAUUUCCUGGCACGGCAUGGAGUGCAUCGUUGCGGCUUAUCAUCCAAUUCCCACCAUUAAUACCCGUCACACAGACCUCAUAUCAUUCCCUGACACACCCGACUGCCCCCACCACUACCUAACCCCCAAAACACAUGCAAACACAAACAUUGACUUUUCAUGGCUACAGAGUUUGCAUAUAACAAAAAAGGAAUACUGAUGGUGUCAGUGUCAUGAUACAACAUGCAGUUGCAUAUCUGUUCAAAUCAUACUAAACACAUACCAUACUGAGAAAAAGAUGAGGGAAAGGAUGUCCUGGGCAAAAUCCCAAAAAAUGAUGGUAGAUUUGCUGCCCUAUAUUACUGUAAGACCUUUCAAGUUGAAUCAUUAUAAAUGCCACCAAGAUAAACAAAAUCAGAAAACCAUUAAACCAUUUAACUUUGAAAUGUAACACACUCCCUAAUUUUGUUAUUGUACCCAACUGUCAGAGCUUGUGCCAGAGCCAGUGUUUUAAGGACACUCAUACUCAUCGAGGUAAUAAUUUGUGGAACUAAAAAUUUAUGAAAUUAUAUACCAGUAAAUAAAUACAUGAAAACCUAUAAUUCACAUUUGUAUGAAUCAUUGUGAAAUGAAAAUAUACUCCGCUUUCAUGCUGCAGAGGUUUACACACUGCAUCCAUGUUGUGAAAUAAGGCCAACUAAAUUACACAAGAACACAUUAUCUCACUUACCCCAAGUGUUAGCACAGUGUUGUCUGCCUCUGAGAUUUCUGACUCUACCUUAGGUGAAUGGAAUGUCAUUUGUGGGGCUCACAGUAUUGUAAGAUUACAUUUAACAACAUUAACAACAACAUAUCAUUCCAGAAACAAUGUCCUGGUUACGCUUGAAAAUUCACAGAACACACUGUGUUCAUUAGGACUAUUUCUUAGGUAGAAAACAGCCCCACAAUUGUAAUUUCAUUCACCUCCAUUGUACUCGGAUGGAGGCAAAAAUAUCCGGGGCAGAUAUCUGAUUACAUGGACAAAUAAAAUAAGUAUAUUAAGAGUAUAAGUAUAUUCUGGUUGUCUAAUGUGGUAGGCUUAAUGACAGACUCACUAAUUUAUACAAUGCUUUGCACAGACAGGUGUGGAGUUGAAGAGAGAGGUUAUAAUUGUUCACUGAGUGACAGCAGGAGGGAAAAUAAGAUUGAAGUUUCUGAAUUCUAUACAUACACUGAGUCACACAGCUGCACUUUUGUCUGAAGUGUUUGCUUCAUGGAGGCUAGCCUCAUUUUUGACCCCAGCACUCCAUAUUUUUCUCUGUGAUUCCAUCACACAACAUUGCACAUAUUUUUUACGUGUCUCCAUACAACACAGACUCCAUUUAGCUGCUGCCUCUACUUGCUAUAAGCCAACACAGCAGACUAAACGUACGUCCAGAGAAGAAGAGCAACAAAACGGAAGGACACAACAAAACAUUUUGUCAUUUCAGGCAGACUGUAGACAUCAAGAAGACGAUAUAACUGGAUGCUGGAUAACAGGUAUAAAAUGGCAGUUUUGCACAGGCAACACUACGUUAGUUAGUGACGAGGCUGUGACAAGUAAACAUACGAAGUGCAGAGGUAACAAAUUGGGUUACAUGUAUGUGUCUGUGUUAGUACAGUAUGACUUAGAGUAUGAGCCAAGUAGAGCACUUUUUUAUAUGAAGGUGUACUUUAGCAUUUGGUGUAAAACACCUUAAAGGUUGGGUACUUUUUGGUCUUGUGAAUCAUUAUUAAAACAAACAAAAAUAAGCUAAUUUUGACUGGUAGACCAAGCCAUAAUGCCAUUUUAUUGACCUAUUGUUUCACUUGGACUCCUCCUUAAGUAAAGAUAAGAAAAAACAUGCCACCCCCUGGUUUGUUUGGUAGAGCAAUGACUCAUACAGCUUCAUUCACUCAUCAUCAAGGGGAGUUUAAAAAAUAAUAAUAACCAUCAGUGAACCUUGUGGUUUGAGUCUUAUGACCUUUCUCACCAGUUACUAAAUUCAGGAAAUAAGCUUACUAAUCACAGAAGCAGUAACCAUGUAAAACAGAGGAAAGUGGUACAAAUGAAAAAUUUUAAGCGUAUGCUUGGAGCUGCAUUUUCCCUUGAACGAACUAAUUGAUUUUGUUGUGGCACCAAGUUGAGUCAAUCUUUGCUUUUACCCAGUCCUUAGUCUAUAGUGCCCACAAAUCCCACAUUGUCUCCAAUCUUAAUGCUGAUACUCUCAACUGUAAAAGCAGCGAGCUAGAAGGAAAUUUUGGGAUCUUUGGAUACUAUAACAAAAUCAGAGACAAUUUUUUCAUCUUGAAAUUGGUUCCUCUAACCAUGACUGAAUACAUCAUUGACAUUAUGUACUUUGUAUAUGUAUUUUGAAUAUGUCCCUCAUCAGGAACAACGUGUUCUCAUGAACAGGUAGGUAUAAUAACGUUAAGAAAAUGCAUGCACAUCAAUUGGUAUGAUAUCCUACUAAAAUUACAUUUCAAUUCAAUUUUAUUUGUAGUGUCAAAACAUCAAUUUUAAAGUUAUUCUUAAAUGUGGAGACUGUCUGCUCUGGCUCCCAUUAGACUUUUAGAGACACUGGGAACCACAAUUUACUCUGCAUUCUGGAAGCGCAGUGUUCUAGUGGGGCAAUAGGGUACUAUGAGCUCUUAGACAAAGUAUGAUGGUGCCUGGAUUUUACAGGAAGCUAAUGCAGAGAAGUUUAUAUGGGAAUUAUAUGAUCUCUUCUUUUCUAGUUCUUGUCAGCACACGUGCUGCAACAUUCUGGAUCAAUUGGAAAGUCUUUAGGGAUUUAUUUGAGCAACCUGAUAAAAUGGAAUUACAGUAGUCCAGCCUUGAAGUUACAAAUGCAUGGACUAGUUUUUCAGCAUCGUUUUGAGACGUGAUGUGCCUAGCUUUGACAAUGUUAUGCAGGUGAAAAAAGGCGGUUCUCGAGAUUUGUUUUAUUUGGGCAUUAAAGGAUAUAUCCUGAUCAAAAAAAACUUUGGAGGUGUUUGGGGGUCAAGUACAAUAACUUUUUGUCUGAGUUUAACAUCAGGAAAUUGUAGGUCACCCAGGGUUUUAUAAUAGCAUAAUGCAUGCUUGAAGUUUAACUCACUGAUUGGUUUCAUCCGGCUUGAUCGAUAGAUAUAAUUGGGUAUCUUCUGCAAUUUCCUGGGUGAAAGUCUUGUGUUUUCCCUUAAACUUCUUCUGGGACACAAACUCCACUCCCCCGCUUGAAAGCCCUGUGUUUUAGGACCCAUCCAUCAACCGCAACCUCCUCCCUUCACGGAUCUUGGCGCUUCAACGGCGCUCUUAUACAGCAGGAGUCAAUGUGGUGCAUACAGUAAUACAUUUUAGUGCACUACUUUUCAUAGCUAUAUGUAGGAAUGGUUCAUGAGAACAGCCUGUCAGGAAUAUUAUGGUGGCUGUGAAAACAUCACUGACUAUUUCUGACCUGACAUACAGUAUGUGAAUGGUUUCAUCCUGGCAUGAUGGCGAUUUAUUUCUCUGCAUCAUCUCUAUGUAUUUCUUAUCAAAUUAUAUUCAUCUUUUAUAUAAUUUAAGAUGGCAAGUGAAGAAUGUGAUAGGUCAUCUCUUCUUCUCUCAACAUGAUUGUUUCUUUAAUUGUGUAACUGUAUUUGCCUUUUCAUUCCUGCAAGUAAAGAGUUUCAAGAAUGGAAAUGUGUGCUUUUGUAACGCUUAGCUGUGGCUUAAAAUGCAUCGAGAGCAUCCUGUCUGUGCAGUACACCACAUCACACUCACACACUUCAUUCUGGAUGUGUUUCAGCUAUGUCCACUGUAUCUCAUAAACAUGUCGAAAUUCUGUUUGUUUUUUCAAAGUGAGCUCACACACUCACCUACACAAAUGUAUUCUCACUAUGUAUAAUGCUUUGGUGUAAGGCUAAUGCUGAGAUUAAAAGUUCACUGUGAACUUUCUGUCAACUAAAUUGGUCGGUCCCAUGCUCUUUUUUUGCUUUACGCAUGGCCUUCGGCUUCAUAUCACUAUUCUUGUGCCUUGUUUAACUACUGUAAAUGGUGAAUGUUGUAAAGUACAGAUGCAGAUGAAAAAAAUAACAAUUAAUCAUACUGACAUACAUUUAAAGGUAUUAGUUGAAAAAGUAUUUAAGAUUAUAAUAUCAAAUCGGCUGCAGAGCUUUUCUAGUGCUGAACUUCUAUGUUUGGUAAGGGGCAGCUUUGUGGUAUAUUGUAUCUAUACUUAUGGACAUUUUGGAUGUUUUCUGUACAGUAGAAUUUGCAAAUGUAUAUGCAGCCUUUUGGAAAUAAAUAUACAGUUGAAGAA